CCCGCCCGGCCCGCGCAGGCCGCAGCCGCCAUGGCCGCGCUGCACGCCAAGGCCGGCGGCCCCCCGCAGAUCCCCGACACUCGCCGGGAGCUGGCCGAGCUGGUGAAGCGCAAACAGGAGCUGGCGGAGACGCUAGCCAACCUGGAGCGGCAGAUCUACGCCUUCGAGGGCAGCUACCUGGAGGACACGCAGAUGUACGGCAACAUCAUCCGCGGCUGGGACCGGUACCUCACCAACCAGAAGAACUCCAACAGCAAAAACGACCGCAGGAACCGCAAGUUCAAGGAGGCCGAGCGGCUCUUCAGCAAGUCCUCUGUCACCUCGGCAGCGGCUGUCAGUGCAUUAGCUGGAGUUCAGGACCAGCUCAUCGAGAAGCGGGAGCCGGGCAGUGGCACGGAAAGUGACACUUCUCCAGACUUCCACAAUCAGGAGAAUGAGCCAAGCCAGGAGGAUGCUGAAGAGCUGGAUGGGUCUGUGCAGGGAGUGAAACCCCAGAAAGCUGCUUCCUCUACUUCUUCUGGGAGCCACCACAGCAGCCACAAAAAACGGAAGAACAAAAACCGGCACAGUUGUGCACCUCCUGUAGUGUUCAUCAGGACCCCAUUGUCCCUGUUGUGUCCAGGAGGGGAGGCUUGAAGCUGGAGAAGUUAAGCAGCACAGAGCACUAACCCCAGCUCUGGUGCAGCUCUGAUUUUGGCCCAGUGUUUCAGUUCUUUCUCUCCAGGAGAAGAAAGUUUUCUUCCUUCUAGUGGAGGGAGAUUGCAGUCCUGGCCUCCUGUGCUGGCAUCUUGGUUUCUGCAGAGCCAAGUAAGACAGGAGUGUCAGUGCUUCUGCAGAAAGAGGGGGCAGAAGCAAAAUUGAAUGUUUUGGGGGUGUGAGCACUCCCAGUAUCUUCACAAAAUUUUCCACUCCAAGCCCUUUCAGCUGUCACAUCCCGAACUUGAAUCUCUUUUGACUGUGCCAUAGAAGAGUUCCUCUGUCACGUUAACCUCAGAAAUGUUUGUUAUUAAACUGACCUGAAAUUCCUGUGAAGCAGAUCUCUUGAACUGUUUAUGAUUGGAUUUAGAUGACCAGUUCUGCCCCUUACAGCACACUCCUGAGGCGGGCACAGUGGGCUGGGGGGAGGCUCAGAAACCUGAAUCACCUCCCACUGCCUUCCACCUGCUCCCUGUGGGCUGGCACAGCCUGCGGCUUCACCCAGACUCGGUGCCCCGUGGAGCUGACUCCACCAUGGGGUCAGGCUCAAGGGGAGGAAACCCUGAAAACUCCAUGCUCUGGGCAAGAGGAGAGUUACUGGAGAGCUGUGCUUCCAUGGAAGUUGUGGCUGAACUGGUACCUACAGAGUGUUAGAAGCCAAGGAGCUUUUACAAACGAAGUGUCCUUGCCAACUGUGAGCAUCUUGGCUUUGUGUGUGGAUGGGAUUUCCUCUUCAAGGGACCUUCCCAUGCAGGUACCAGAGAGAAGUGUUUGAAAGAAAAGUGGUAAAAAAGUGGGGGAAGGUUGGUUUGGGAGGAUGUGAAGAGGUAGGUUGAGUGCUUGAUGAACCUGUAACUGCUUUUUCUCCUUCAUGAGGUUUUGAGUCCUUAGCAUGUAAUUCUUAGAUUAGAAUUUCCUUCCUGCAGAGGCUUAAUUGGGUGAACAUCCUAAGACAGCAGAAGUGCCUUUGGUUCCUCAGGAGCUGGGAAUGCAGAGCAGUUGAAAACUCCUUAUGUGCCUGUAGACAAUUGGAAGGAAAUUCAGGGGUAACACAAGACACUGCAUCUCUAAACCAGUUUAGAGGAACAAGCUGUAAACCUGAGGGGCAGCCUCAGAAAACAGCAAAUUCUGGAAUCCUGAGCACUUCCACGGGGAGCAAACAGCCCUGCAGUGGGGCUGAGGCAAAAGCUGUGCAUUAGAGAAAUUCUUUUGCUUUGUUCCACAACCCAAACUUCAGUGACAGGAGUUAGGAGGAAUCUGCCCCACUGACAAGUUGGGGGACUUCAGGGGCUCUGCUGCUUUCCUGAGGUAGCAUCAUGGGGACAGUGUUGGACACAAGGAGCCCUGGUCUGGUCCAGAAAUUUUGCCCUCAGAAAUCUCUCAGACACACUUGUGCUGUGGAAGGCUUAAUAAGUUAGUGACUGACUGCUUUGUGAUGCCAGGUAGAUAAUUAAAAGAAGAUAAUGAAGUUUAUCUGUGAUAAAACCUGUGAACGUUGUGCUGACUGUCCCCUAGAUUUGGACAGAAGCAAUUUUCAGCUACACCUAGGUUUAAAAAGGAUCCACAAUCUGGAAGUCUGCUGGAAGUGCUUUCAAAUCCUCUUGAGCCCCCAGUGCCCUUUGGGAAGAGCUAUGCAGGGCUGUCCUGCAGUCCAUAGAAUCAGAAAGGCAAAACCAAAGAGAAAUGUCAGCAGUUCCUUUUGUUCAGAGGCUCUUCCAGUGCCCAGCUUUACAUUUGAGUUCUGCUCACCUGUUCUGAAGGACUGGGAGGUGUUUGGGACAGGCAUUCUGUGUUCUGUGUUGGGGACAGUCAGUACUCCACUGGAUUUGCUGCCACCCAGAGUAGUGUGGAGAGCUGGCUCAGACUGGGCAGAACUGGACAGUUUAAGUUCAAACAGUUCAAAAGGGAGAAGCAGAGGGAAGCUCCAGGGUUUGACUGAAGUCAAGAGGCCACAGGAAGGACAAGACUUUCUGUGUGCUCAGCACUUUCCAUGGCUAAUGAGUAUUUUGGGAGAGAACAAUCCUGUUUCCUCUUGGAAAUCCAGUGCUGGCAAGCUGCUGGUUCAGCUGAUUUGGUGAUCAGUCCCUUCCCACAAUCAGAGUUGUUGGCUUUGGGGCAGAACUGGGUCUGGGACAGCACUGUGGUGUCCGUGCGAGUGCCAAGGGGUGGUGCCACCAAACUGUAACAACCGCUUGCCAAGUGCCCACAGUCUCUGUUUAGCUGUGGAGGGAGUGGGUGCAAGGAGGGAGGGCAUGGUGUGUGUGUGUGGAUGUGUGAUGAGGACACUCGGGUGCAAAGCUGGCCACAUCCUUCUUGUCUCCACCUCUGCCUGACCAAGCUUUGCUUUGCUGUAAUGAUCCAGACAAAGCUGCUGCUACUGACCACCCACUCACUGGUUUGUGCAGCCAAAUCAGCUGCCCUCUGCUUGAGAGUUGCACUGACAGCUCCAAGCUCUUCUCCAAGCCCUAGAACCCAUCCUACAGCACCACUCUGCCUCUGCCCUAACUCCUGUCUCCCAGAAAUCCAUAUGGGGAGGGGGUUCUGCAUCGCUAGAUCUGGAAGGCUUUUAGUGCCCAGCCCUGGUUUAGAGAUCUGAAGAACUUUGUGGCCUUUAAACAGUAGCUUGAUCCUUCUCUUUUAUUUUUGUUAGUAAUCUCACUAGGGUGGCUAAUCAACUAAUUGAUUUAAUUCAUUAGUAUAUUAAUUUCUAUUGCUUUCUUCCUUUCAAAUGCUG